AUGGGAGCGUCGAAACAAUACCUUACCCUCCACACGGUCGAGUCGGCCCAUCCCAAAGCGAGCGACAUCUUCGCUGUAGCGCCGACUAGUACACAGUUACUCUCAGCUUCUGGUGCGAGCAGCAUCAGUGUUUACGACACCACAAAACCCGACUUUCCAGUUAUACAAACACUUGACAAGGCACACCCGCUCGGCAUACACCACCUGGUGACUGCGCGCGAAGAGAAGGCACGACGGGCUGCGAGUGCUGGUUUCGAGGGCAAGGUCAAAAUAUGGAGCCAGAGUGAAGACGGAGUGUGGAGUGAGGAUGGAGAGAUUGUUGAUCAGAACAAACCGGGUGAGGUAUGGGCGAUUGCAAUGAGCGCAGAUGGGCAGUACCUUGCUAGCAGUAGUAUCAACGGCAAGAUAAAUGUCUGGAGCUUGAACAAAGACGAGGAUAUGCCCCGCAUACGCGAGUAUGAGACCAAAGGCAGCUUUGGUUUGUGCGUAGACCUGAGCCGUGACGGCAGCUUCACAGCCUCGGGACAUGAGAAUGGCUCGAUAUACGUUUUCAAUAACGACACUGGGCGUCUUGCGCACUCUCUAGCAGGCCUCGUACACCCAAUUCGCAGUGUGGCCUUCUCCCCAACUUCAAAGCUCCUAGCAGCAGGAGGCGAUGCCAGAAUCAUCGCAAUUUAUAAUGUCUCUUCGGGUGAGCAGGUAGCGAACCUCACAGGCCAUGGUGGCUGGGUACUCAGUCUCGACUGGAGCGACACCGGCGAGUAUCUGCUGUCAGGAUCUCACGACUCAAAAGCAAAGGUAUGGCGGUUUGAGACUAAGACGUGCGUCGCAACUCACUCCCACGGCGACAAGCCUCUUUGGAGUGCGAAGUGGUUACCCAAGGUUCCUACAAAGAGCGAGAUGUUUGCACUGGCGGGAGGAAACAACACCAUUGGAAUAUACCGAGAGGCUGCUGGCUGA